AUGACUUCAGCUGCCUUACCACUUCAGCCAACGUCAGGCAACGAUCGCUUCAAUGCUGAAGCCGCAUCGUGGGAGACCAACCCUUUCGUUCACGAAGCCAGUAAAGAAGCAUUAAAGGCCAUCAUGACCCGAUUCCCGGCUCUGACCAAUCCUCCGGCCCCCGACAAAGGCCUAGAGGUACUCGAAAUCGGAUGUGGCACCGGUUUACUGUCUUGUCUGAUAGCGCCCUACGCGAAACGAGUCGUGGCCGUCGAUGCAGCUCCAGGGAUGAUUGAGGAGCUCGAAAAGAAGCUGCAGACAGCCCAGACGCCCCAGAACAUCCUCCCAGUAGCGGUGUUGCUGGAGAACCCCGAAGACAAGCACCUGCCUCCAGUCGACGAAAGCAAUCCUGACGGACCGAGAUUGAAAUUCGACCUCAUUAUCUCACAUUUGACUCUACACCAUGUUUCAAAUCUCAGAGCCGUCCUGACUACCAUGCUCGGUUGUCUCAAGCAUUCAGGAAGCGUAGCUCUGACCGACUUCGAGGACAACGGCCCUGAAGCCAAACGGUUCCAUGAAAAGGCAAAAAUGGCCGGUGUGCAAAGACCGGGGAUCAACGCGCAAGCAAUCGACACGUUGAUGAACGAAGUGGGAUUCGUCAAUGUACGUGUGGAGCGAGCUUGGAGUAUGGACAAGGUUGUGGAAAAGUAUGACGGAGAAUUUGGUGAUGCUCCCAAGGGUCCUCGACAGCCUGGUCAGGGCGAGAUCAAAAGCUUCCCUUUUCUGGUGUGUACGGGCCAGAAAAAGUACUGUCAGUGA